GCAUACCAAAAAUAAAAGAAAGAAAGAAAGAACGCAAUAAAAGCAGAAUACCGCACCGCGAUCCUCCCCCGUCCAACUCGCCGUUGUUUUUUUUUUUUCCUUCUCCCUCGACGGAAUUCGGCUUCGAACUUCAAUGGCAGAUCCGACGCCGGAGAAGAGGGAGAAACCAGAGGGAAAGGGCGAAGGGGAUAGGCCCGUCAGAGUCUACGCCGAUGGCAUCUAUGAUCUCUUCCACUUCGGCCACGCCCGAUCCCUCGAGCAGGCCAAGAAAUCGUUUCCAAACACGUAUCUUCUUGUCGGUUGUUGCAAUGAUGAGGUCACACACAAAUUUAAAGGGAAGACUGUCAUGACUGAAGCUGAGCGUUAUGAAUCUCUUCGUCAUUGCAAAUGGGUUGAUGAAGUUAUUCCUGAUGCUCCUUGGGUGCUCACAAGGGAGUUCCUUGACAAGCACAAGAUUGAUUUUGUAGCACAUGACUCCCUCCCAUACGCAGAUGCAAGUGGAGCUGGGAAUGAUGUCUAUGAAUAUGUCAAGUCCAUUGGUAAAUUUAAGGAGACAAAGCGCACAGAAGGGAUAUCAACAUCUGAUAUGAUAAUGAGAAUAGUUAAAGACUACAAUCAGUACGUAAUGCGCAACUUGGCCAGAGGAUACACCAGGAAGGACCUUGGGGUCAGCUAUGUGAAGGAAAAGCGGUUAAGAGUGAACAUGAGGUUGAAAGACUUGCAAGAUAAUAUGAAGAAGCAGCGAGAAAAAGUCGAGGAGAAGUUGCAAACGGUAGCAAAAACUGCAAGUAUGCUGCAUGAUGAGUGGGUAGAAAAUGCAGAUCGCUGGGUUGCUGGUUUCCUUGAGAAGUUUGAGGAAGGAUGUCAUUCAAUGGGUACGGCCAUCAAAGAAAGAAUUCAGGAAAGCUUGAAGAGGGGGCAAGCAAAAGAUUUCAGCUUGUUGCAGUAUGAGGAUGAAGAAGAGUAGCAGUCUGAUUUGCUAUAUAUUUAGAUGUAAGUUGCAAUGCUUUUUGUGAUGUUACUUCAGAAAAAUGGCGUACUAAAAACAGACUAUCAUAGCUUUAACCCGCAUGACCAUGCCGCCCAAAUCAUAUCCUCGUCAUCUUAUGUCUGCGGCCACUAGUUUACCAUGAGUGGGUGAUUUGACUUGGUGUUUGCUUUAGUUAUAUUGUAUUGCAAAAGAGUGGAAGCUUACUCUUAUUUCUGUUGCUGAAGUUACCGAAAAUAUUGAAAGUUUUUACUUCCAAAUUCUGUUUGCUGCACCACAGUAUGACUAAUGAUUUUUCCCUGUGAA